AUGGCAACCGCAAGACCCCUCCUCCGCCUCCCACCCCCAUUACGAACCUCCCUCACCUCUCGAACCCGCCUCACCACCCCCUCCCGCCGACCCUUCUUCAACCUCCCCAACCUCGCGCCCUCAACCGCCCCACAAGUCCUGACCGCAACCCGCACAAUGCCCUACCCCUCCACCCAACUCUACGACGUAAUCUCCGACGUGGACGCCUACCAGACCUUCGUCCCCUACUGCGCCGCAUCCCGCGUGACAGCCUGGUCCGCACCCGACCCGGACCCGGCAAACGGCGGCCGGCGGUACCCAACGCAAGCCGACCUCCGCGUCGGCUGGGGCGGCUUCGAGGAGACGUUCACGAGCAGACUCCACUGCGUGCCGGGGGAAAGCGUCGAGGCGAUCAGCGGCGCCGACGUGGAGGGCGCGAGUCCCGGUAACGGAGGCGAGGGCGGCGCCGUGUUUAGGAGUCUGGUUACAAAGUGGCAGCUGAGGCCGCUUGCCUCCGGGACGGGCACCGAGGUGGAUCUCGUGAUUCGGUUCCAGUUUGCGAAUCCGUUGUACUCGGCCGUCAGCGCUGCGGUUUCUGAAAAGGUGGCGGGCGUCAUGAUUGAGGCGUUCCAGAAACGUGUAAAGGCGGUUUUGGGUACUCCCAGACUAUAA